CACAUUCUAUUUAUUCAAUAAAGUUAUCUUUCUUUUUUUAAAAAAACAAAUGGAAAAAGCGGGGAAAUGAAGAGUCAAAAGAAAGUGGAUUCCGAGCCGGGCAUUGAGUAUAAAUGUAGGUUGUGCUGUAGAUAGAUUUCACUUUCUCUUUUUUCAUCCAUUAUUCAAUAUGUCCAAGAAGGCUGCUCCUAAGGUCGUUGAAAAGGUCCAACUCGGUCCCCAAGUCCGUGAAGGUGAACUUGUCUUUGGUGUUGCUCACAUCUUCGCUUCUUUCAACGAUACCUUUGUCCAUGUUACUGAUCUCUCUGGUCGUGAAACUAUCUCUCGUAUCACUGGUGGUAUGCAAGUCAAGGCUGAUCGUGAUGAAUCUUCCCCUUAUGCUGCCAUGUUGGCUGCUCAACAAGUUGCUGCCAAGUGUAAGGAACUCGGUAUCAACGCCCUCCACAUCAAGCUCAGAGCCACUGGUGGUACUGGCACCAAGACCCCUGGUCCUGGUGGCCAAGCUGCCCUCCGUGCUCUUGCCCGUGCUGGUAUGAGAAUUGGUCGUAUUGAAGAUGUGACUCCUGUUCCCACUGACUCUACCCGUAGAAAGGGUGGUCGUCGUGGUCGUCGUCUCUAAAUUAUUAUUGUAUUUGCAUAAUAAUAAAUAUAGCAUUCUUCUUCAUAUUUGUACAGUUAAUAAAAGCAUACAUCAUUCUAAAA